AUGUUUCUGUGGCCUGUUCUCCGCGCCUCCGCCGCAGCGCCAUUUGGGACCCAGUGCCGCUGCCGCAGCGCUGCCGCCCAUCGCACGAUGCACGUCCUCGCGACCGUCGCCACAUGGGCGACUUUGGCGUCGGCCGAUUGGGCGUCGACCACGGUGGCCAACAGAAGUGCUGGAGAACAGCUGGCAAGUCAGCUGGAGGCAAGAUUGCAUCCACAGAACUAUUCCCUGGAGAGCACCCACCUGGAAGACAUCCGUUCCUUCUUCUGGUGGGACGGAGCACUUCAGGAAGAGGAUGAAGUCCGAGCCACGAUCGAUUCCGAUGUACCAUUCUCUGUUCUCUUGGAAGGUUUGUCGGCGGAUCAUCCCUAUGACUUGCCCAUGAUUGUGUCCAGUGCUCACUUGGAUUCCCAGGAGGAUCACAGUUCCCACAAGCACGCCAUGGCCUUGGCGUUGGUGAACGGCACCACCAUGGAGGUGGCCCAUGGAUUGGCCAAGUCCAUCGUGGAGGUGAAAUUUGCAGCAUGCGCUCAGGUGGCGAAACUGAAAGCAGACUCAGACAGCGAGUUCACCAUCACCUUGAAGACCUUAGGUGCUACCAAGGAACAGAUAGAGAUUGAAUUUGGCGGUUUAGAUUGGGAAUGGCAUCCUAUCCAAGCCAAUGAGAAAUACCUCAAGUGGAUCGAAGACAAUGUGGUGGUGCGGCCGCACGCAUCAGAACUCUGAGCCGGCGAAGGUUACGCAGGGCCAAAGGGCUCAGCGGUGGACGCUGGUGAUGUGCAGCUGAUGGCAUGGUGCCUGGACCCAUGGAGGGAUGGA